CGAACAUUGAAGCUGAUCCACUGAUCACUGAUCGCUCGGUGGCAGUCGCCACGCCGAUCACUGAUCCUGUGGCGCCACGCCCUGGAUCCCGGAGAGCUGGGCAUCCUCGGCAUGCCGGGCGUCGGGGCGUCGGGGUGUCGGCGUCGGUGCGGCGUCGGGCGCGUCGGGGCGCCUUGGGACAUCGAGAACUGGUCAGAUACAUCGACGAGGGCACGCGCCUCAGCGCACAGACAGCGGCGUAAGCAGCCCGACACCUCAUGCCUCUGUGUAGCUUUGCAUGCCUCUCCAUUCGACUUUAGCCUUCCAAGCCCCGUUUCGUCCACCACGCCCCAGUCUCGCCCGACGCCGACCCACACUCGCUCGCCUCGUCUCAUCGUCUCCUCGUUCGCCGUCUCUAUCGUUCCGCUGCCCCCUCCCUCUCGUUCCGCACCCUAGUCCCCAUGUCCAUCGCCCUCGCUAAAGACCCCCUGCCCCCAGGCGUCACCGCCCUCCUCUGCGCAGCUACACGCGUCCCCAUCGCCCGCCUCCUCGCGCCGCUCCUCCACACCGUCUUCGCCCUCGCAGUCUUUGUCAUCGGCUUUGGCUUCCUCAGAGCCGGGGGCAUCGCGCCGCGCCAUGUCUUGAUGCACGAGUCGUAGCCGCCUUCUUCCCGCCUUCUUGCCAUGGACACUGGAUUGAGCCCCGCUCUCCUCCCUCCCACACUUGUAUCCACUCGUUAUGCAUAUGCAGAAUAUCCGAC